AUGGAAAAAUAACUUUUAGUUGCUUAAUAAAGGGCUGUUCAAAUCAAGGGAGACAGAUAUGGUGUGGAAUUUUAGUAUGAAAUAAAUGGUAAGAUUUUUAAAUAGAAAACUGGCUUUGGUUUUAAAACAAUCGGAGAUUUAAUGAGCAUUAUUCUAAAAAAUGAGAUUGCUUAAAAUCUCUGUCCAUUCAAUUCAUAAAAUGAUUUAUUAGGCUAUGAUAUGUUGCUUGCUGAAGUGAAACAUAUUUCAAUUAAGCCAGUAGAUGAAUAGGAUAUGAUAUUUGUGCAUUUUAUUGUUAACAAUACCUCUUAAUCUUUCCUUUUUAAUAAAAAAUAAAUCACUGUUAAGAAUGCUAUUUCUGAAUAUAAUAAGGAUAAAGAGAGCGCACUCAAAAUUGAUAAUUACAAAUAAUACGAAAUAAUGGGGAAAUAGAUUAAUGAAGGAAAUAUCAAUAAGUUCUUGUGUGAAAUGAUAAGUGGAGAACAAGGAUAUAUUAAAUAGUUUGUUUAAUGA